AUGGAAGCCGAAGUCUGGGACAGCGACGGUUGCACCUCGUCUGAUUCCUGUGAUUUACCAGAUAUCGUUUCGUCUGACGAGGAAGUAAGACCAUGGUUUCCUCAGAUUGACCCUCCACACAUAGGCUUAGAAGUGUUGAUUCCAAAGAGCUGGUGUUAUCUGAGGACAUCUGUUUUGAAGAGACACUGCCAUGCUGUGAAAGUGCAGCUCUUGAGCCCAAUUCUUUUUGGUAGACCUCAUCCAGACAAACGGUAUUGGAGCUGGGCUGCUCGGGCAGAUCUCGUCCAGAAUGAGCAAUGUGGUGAACUGCAGGACCUUGAACUCAAAACACUGAAGAUCAUAGACCUCUUAGAAUCUGCACACAGGGCCUUGCUGGUUUAUGCUCUGAAGCGACCAUUGCUUAUAAAGUUUGUUCGUGUAGUUAGUGAAAACCUUGUUCAGUGUUCCACUUUGGAAGAGGCAAUAAAAGUGGUAAAGGAGCAUGGUUUUUUUCGGGAUGCCUGGAAAAUGCUAACUUUUGGUAAUCAAAUGCAAAAGGCUACAGCCCUGGCGCUAACUGGUCUCUAUUAUUUCAAUCACAUAAACCAAUACUCAAUAGAUCAUAAUGACCUGUUGGAAAAAUUUGAAGAUCAGUGCUUUGAGGAAGAGGAGCAAGCAAAAAUAUUUAAUGAACAUUGGCAAACUGAAAUGAAAAGGCAGCACUACAAAGCAGCAAUAAAGUCUUUGGAUGAGGCAAUAAAAGUGUGUGCAUUUGACCAUUUGCUGUAUGAGAAGAGAUCCUACUGCUAUUUGCAGUUGUGUCGAUUUAAAAAAGGCUGGAGUGAUGCCAAACGGUGCAUUGUCUUAAGGCCUCAUUCCAUAGAGGGUCAUUACUUAUACGCUGGAGCAUUAUGUGGAAAAGGCUGGUUUAUUCGUGCAUUGAAAGCCAAUUCUGUGGCAAUUCAAGUAUGUCAGUGGAAAGGGCUGAAUGUGAAAGGGCUGAUAGAACAGCAAGAGCUGAUUCAAACUGAGCAGGAACUUUCACAGAAAGAAAAGCAAAUGGAGACCUGGGAAAAAUCUAACACAAGUGGGCAAGACCAAAGUUCCGCAGAUGGUUGUUUUGAUUCAGAAAAAACAGAUGAGGAAGAGGAGCAGGACGAUGAUGAAGACGAGGAGGAGGAGGAGGAAGAUGGUGAAUCUAUUACAGAUGAAGAUGAUGAAGAUGCGAUUCCUGCAGUAGAGGAUGCGGGUGUUUGGGUUAAAGACAAUGGACAACCUGAUCUGAAACUGGAUGAUCAAACAUCAUUUAUGGGGAUUCCCUUCCUGCCUUUAGACUUCAAAGACGAUGAUGGCUCUGAGUCUGACAAAGAUUACAGUACUGAUUCAACCCAAGGUCGAGGCUAUAAGAGCGCCUUAUCUGAAUGUGAUGCUUCUGACGCUGAAUCGGAUGCAACUUUGAAACCUAAACAGCAGAAAGGACGUUUUUCACUUCCUUCCAGUGAUGUGAAAUCUGAAAUUCCCAUAAAGGCUGAUGUGGUUCCUCUGGAAUCUGUCCUGUCAUCUGAUGUGGACCCUGCCAAAGCUGUCCUGUCAUCUGAUGUGGAUUCUGGAAAAAGUAUCCGGUCAACGCCUGAUGUGGAUUCUGGAAAAAGUAUCCCCUCAACAUCUGAUGUGGAUUCUGGAAAAAGUAUCCCCUCAACAUCUGAUGUGGAUUCUGGGAAAACUAUCCCAUCAACAUUUAAUGUGGAUUCUGGGAAAGCUAUCCCAUCAACAUCUAAUGUGGAUUCUGGACAAAAUAUCCCAUCAACAUCUGAUGUGGAUUCUGGACAAAAUAUCCCCUCAACAUCUGAUAUGGAUUCUGGGAAAACUAUCCCAUCAACAUCUGAUGUGGAUUCUGGGAAUGGUAUCCAGUCAUCGUCAGAUGAGGAUUCUGGGAAAGGUAUCCCGUCGACGUCUGAUGUGGAAUCUGGGAAGGAUAUCUCGUCAACAUCUGAGGUGGAUUCUAGUAACGGUGUCCUGUCCUCUGAAGCAGACGGUGGGACAGCUGUUUUGUCAUCUGAAGUAGGUCAUGAGAAGGAUUUAUUGUCUGAUAUAGAUCCAAGGAAAGCCAGGCCACGGUUCGACUUGGAUCCUGGAAACACUUCACCCUCGCUGACGUCACCAACAGCACCUCAGGCAGUUAAUGAAAGUAAUCUAAUGCCUGCUGAAACAGAGUGUGCAAGCAAUGAUGGCAAGGGUCAAGAGGCCAAGCAAGUACAGCAGGAAAAGAACGACAAAAAAUGGGAAGCGACUUUAGAGGUGGAAGAAAGAUUGAUCAGAGGCAAACUGAAAGAAGCCUCCGAAGCUUUGAUUACUUCUAAUUUUAGGAGUGCUCAGGAGAGCUACCUGAACGCACUCAAUCUAAUAAAAGAGAAAAAGGUGUAUAAUUUGACGACUCUGGAGUACAUUAUUAUACAGUAUGCCUGUGGAGUGUCCUUCCUCGGGAAAAACUUAAUUCAGGAUAUUUUGGAGGCUGAACGGCAUUUUAUGAAAAUGCUAGAAGAGUUGAAUGGUGCAGAUUUCCGUCACUUCAUCUGUCUACCAUAUUAUGGUCUAAGCCGUGUCUACCUCAAGUGGAAUAGACAUAAAGAAGCAAGGACAACGCUAGAGAAGUCUCUUGCACUGGUUGACAAUAAUUUAGUCCCAGGGCUUCAGGUGUGGCCAAGCACUGAUACAAUUAUUGAAGAAACUAAGGAUGGAGUACUCAAAGAGCUGCUGGACUCCCUUCUUAAAGAGUGUUGGUUCCACCCACGCCCUGAUGCCGUUUGUCAUUAUGAGUUGUGUCAUAUGCACAACAUCAAAUGUAAUAUUUAUAGAUCUGAUCCGGAUUUCAAGGGGUUUGUUCGUGUGCAUUGCAGUCAGAAUUGUCGCAUUGAGUAUCACAUAUACUGCUGGAAGCGCUGCAAAAUUAAAGCAUUCCAAGACAAAAUAGAAAAGGAAAUCCUUGGCUUUAAUUGCCACACACCAGACUGUGUUGGCUGCAUCUGGAAAGUGGACAUUUUUCAGGAUUCUCGUCAUAAGAUUAUUGAAAUUCCAAAGCCGAAAGAAAAGAAAAAUAGCCAAAGCACAGGUGCUAAGCAGUCCUCUAGCAACAUGAGGAAGAUUGGCAGAAAAAAAGAAAAGAAAAAGAAUCAAAGUCUUGGAAAAGCACCAUCUAACAUCCAACAAGAACAGUCUGAUACCUUGAGCAAAAAGACUGAUCGAAGUGAACUGAAGGAUGAAACCUUUGGAGCCAGAAAGAAAGAAAUCAAACCCAAGAAAUUUUCAGGCCCUUCAAAUGAACGGAUAAAGAAUGACAAAAGCUGCUCCAUGUCUAAUCUGGAUGAAACCAGUUCCGUAGGCUCUGAAAAUCUUGAUCUCUGUCAAAAGGCACCAAAAUGUGAGGAAGUGAAGUUGCGGAGUUCAAGCAUCAAAGCCUAUUUGGAUCAUGCUUUUGAGGACCAAAUGCAAUUAUCUCCAUUGGGGGUUUAUCCGGAUAAAAAGAGUAAAUGCAACACUAAAGCAAACGGGCCGUCACCAAAGAUUGAAAGAUUAGCGGAUGGUUCAUUAACUGCCCACAAGGAGUCAUCUGCACCGCAUUUCCAGCCUCAUUCUCUCAGUGUUCCUCUCCAUUCUGGUUUAUUCAUCCAGGACCAAAAGAAGGAUGUUCAGAGUACAACGUUUUGCAAUGCUGAAGUCCUCACUGACCCAAUAAAACCAUUUGAAACCAGAGAGAGAACCUUUCUGCACCUGUAUCACGAGAGGAUCCAGCUCUUACAGAACUAUGAGAAAUCGGAAAGACUGUACGUCCGAUUAAAUUCUGAAAAUCCAUUUGAAAUCCAAGCCUCAAAAGAAAAGCAUGAGCAGCUUGUGCUCAGGGAGGAGAAACUGAGAGAGAAAUUCACAGCAGCAAAACUGCAGUUGGAAGAAACGAAAGAGAAAAUGAAUCAUAAAAGAAAGCUUCAGUUACAAGAACUCUGCGAGGCACAGGAAAGGUUUAAAUCUGUGAAGGAUAAUUGUGAAAGUAACAGGAAACAUAUUCAGGAAAAAGAUACACAAAUUCUGAAGCUGAAAGAAGAGAUGCAGAAAGAAAGGGCCAAAUGGGCACGGGAUAAGAAGAAAUUACAGAAAGUUCUUCACAAGCAAAAGGAAAAUUGCAGAGAUUCAGCAAACAGAAUACAUUCUGCUGAGGUUCAGACUUCUGAAUGGAUGAAAUACAUAGAGUUGCACGGACCCAAUCAUUUGCUGAAGGAGGCUGGUGGAAAUAUGAAGCUUUAUUCUACGCAGAACGCACAAAAUAUUGUUUUUUUGGAUGCUGCUGGUGACGUGAGAGAGAAAAGAAUCAAAGAAAUUCAAGGACAAAUCAAUGCUGCUACAGCUCUACCACAAUACAGUGAUGGAGAGUCCUACGGUACAUCUUCCAGCAAUUUAAUAUCAUCCUUGUAUAAGUCUAAAUUUCAAAGUUCUAACUAUUCUGCAAAACAGCAAAGAGCUUCAGCAUCUCCAACACGAUUGGACGUGAGCAAGCAUGUUGUAUUUGGUGGAAAUUCUGCACCCUCGGAAAAUAGCUGGAUUUUACCAGGAUCCAAACCUGCUUUCCUUAGGCUUGACGGAAGUGCUUCAUCUUCAGUGGGAACAGACAAAGACUCCUACACAUCAGCUGCUUGGCUUGCUAAUCGUGCAAAAUCUCCAAAUGUGCCGCCAAACUUGGCCGUUGAUCAUUUGGACUAUAUCCAAAAUCCUGAACGUAGAAUGAAUUAUAGGAUGUCUGCUGGUCAAGAAAGAUUACUCCUCGACACAUCUGUUCAGUUUUCAAAUGGUAGACAGACUGGUGGUUUGGAAAUACCAAAUUCCUCUCUUUCAUUUGAAACAAAAGAGAAAAUCCCAGAUAUUUCCCUUUCUACAUUAACCACACAUGAGCCUGGAAAUCAUCAGAACCAUUUGUUUGAGACUUCUGUGCCAGGAGCCAAAUCCUUUGAUACAGAGUUAACAUCUUUACAAUCUGUGCCACCGGGCAUGAAGAAUGAGGACUUUCAGAUUUUACAUGGACAAAUGUCAUUUGGUGGAGUUGAGCAUACAUUUCCUGAUGCUGUUUUAAGAACAUCUACCAGCAACAUUACAAACGAUGUUGGCUUAACCAAACUUACAGAACCAAGAUCAUCUUAUCAUGCAGUAAUGGAACAACUUUUCUUCCAAUUCCCUGGAACAAGCAAAGAUGUAUUUCAUUCGUUCAUCAAUAAAGUAAAGGAGGAAAAUGGUGGCACGCUGUCAGGAUUGUCUGUUGAUGAUCUUGUGAACCGUGUCUCUAACCAAGUUAUCCAGGGCACAUCCCACAGAGAAAUGGCAUAUCAAUCACCUGCACAGCGCUCAUCGUAUAUCCCCUCUCCGUACAACAACACUUUCUUCACCACCCUUCCUGGUCUGCAGUCCUUGCAGACUGAUUCAUCAGGGACACCACCAGAUCGGUUCACUGGCCUCGCAAACUCGGAUCCUUUAGGCCUUGAAACCUUGCCUCUGGGUGACUUACUGGAACUAGAGUGCUCUUUUGAUUGUUUGUAGCAAUGUGCUCUAACGCAUAUUAAUUUAGAAGGCAAGCUGGUCUGUAUGUCUCCGUGACCCGCAUCGGGUUAACCCUGUAUCCUUUUACUGUGAAUUCUGGAAUUGCAGUCCACACAUUCUAUUACAAAAAACAGUAUGUCUGUAUCUGGCUUCAUCAUGAUACAUUUUUCUCAUUAUAGUACUGAAAAGGUGUAAAUCUGAGUUAAUUGGUGGUGCUCUGAUCUCUGAGUCAGAUUUUGGGUUCAAACCCCAUGUAGGGACUUCAAGCUCAUUGUGUGGGCUGGUUCUUCAAUGGAGUGCUGUAUUACUGGAGAUGCCAUUCAUCAAAUGAGAUGUUGAGUCCUGUAGCUCAGUGGUUAGAGCACUCGCUUUGCAAGUGAGAGACCUGAGUUCAAUUCCCGGCAGAGGGCGAAACCUUGGGCAAGUUUCCUUACUCCACACAGAGCCUAAUAAUAAUCCUCCAAAACAAAAACAAUAAUAAAUUGGUCAUUUUCAAUCUACGACUGUUUGUGGGACAUUGCUGUGCGCAAUUGGCUGCCGCGUUCGCCCACAAAUAUACAGUCAAUUCACUUUACAGUGUGUUCUGUGAAGCGCUUUGGGACGUCCUCCCGACGUGAAAAGCGCUAUAUCAAAUGCAAGGAUUAUUAUUAUUAUUAUUAAACCCAGAUCUAUCUUCCCGUUCAGGUUGAUUCCUGGCUACACUUCUUUUUCUACACGUGUUUCACAACGAAAAGAUGGAAUGCUGUGUAAAAAUAAGGAUAUCAAUUCAUGUACUUGGGUUUGGUUAUAUUUAAUAAUAAACUGAUACGUCGUCGAUACAUUCCAUACAUGUUUAUAUUAUUCUUCAGGGUAUUCACUCAUUCCCCACGGAUUCCCUUUUCAGCCUUGAACUGAUACCGUUCCUCAUUCUGUGAAGAUUCCAAUACAGAAUAUCUGGUAUUUUGCCCUUUUUAUGUUUUGGCUUAUCUUAUCCACAUCUUUUCUCAUAACCUCAAAUCUUGUCCACUGUAUCUCAAAAUCCACCCCAACAUCUGAUGUGACUGCUUUGAUGGGGAUGGGCUCAAAAAUCCUCAAUUGUCCAUUGAUUUUCCACACGGCAAUGGGUAGUUUCUUGUAAAUAGAUGCGACUUUGUGACUGGGGAAAAGAAACUGCUUUAAUUGUCAACAGAGCUAUUAACGUGAUGCAGACUGUCACCCACUUGCAUUCCUUACUCUGAAAGAUUUGUAUAUGAUCAGUAUAUAAUAAAGAGGAAAUGAUAUUUUUGGUAACUUAAGUUCCCCUUUUUCAAUGAUCUGU